AUGGAGAAAUAUCCUAAAGUUUAUGUAUUGCUGGAUGGUUACUGUAAACAGGUAAGAAGGAACGAUUGUUCAGAAGCGUCCGGUACUGUAGCACUAAUUUUAACCGAAAAAAGGAAAAUUUUGGUGGAUUGUGGUGAUCCAUGGAAUGGUACACAAAUUAUCCAAGCACUUUCAAAAUAUUCGUUAAAUUGUGAUGAUAUUACCGAUCUGAUAAUAACUCAUGGACACAGUGAUCACUGCGGUAAUUUAUCACUCUUCCAGCAAGCUAAAAUUUAUAUGGGUGAUGAUAUGGCCAAAGAUGGUAUUUAUGAAGUUUGUACGGGUAUUUGGACAUUAGAUGAUUUUGUGAAGAUAAGACCAACUCCUGGGCAUACUGAUCGUAGUAUUAUAGUGUUAGAUACCGAAUAUGGAACAGUUGCUAUUGUAGGUGAUAUUUUUGAAGAAGAAAAUGAUGAUGAUAGCUGGAAAGAAAAUAGUAAAUAUCCGGAAGAGCAGCAGAAAAGCCGUAAAAUAAUAUUAAAAGAAGCAGAUUGGAUUAUUCCUGGACAUGGUAAAAUGUUCAAAAAUAAACUGAAGAACAUAUAA